AUGCUGCGCAACGGGGCGGGAGCGGGCGCCGGUGGCGGCCCCGUGGCAGGCGGCGGUGCCGUGCACAGGCCCGUACGCGUCUGGUGCGACGGAUGCUAUGACAUGGUGCACUAUGGGCACUCGAACCAGCUGCGCCAGGCUCGGGCCAUGGGAGAUUAUCUGAUUGUUGGAGUCCACACAGAUGAGGAGAUUGCCAAGCACAAGGGCCCCCCUGUCUUUACACAGGAGGAGAGGUACAAAAUGGUGCAAGCCAUCAAAUGGGUGGAUGAGAUUGCUCCAGGAGCUCCCUAUGUCACCACACUGGAAACCCUGGACAAAUAUAACUGUGACUUCUGUGUGCAUGGUGAUGACAUCACCUUAACGAUAGACGGCAAGGAUACCUACGAGGAAGUGAAGACAGCAGGGAGAUACAGGGAAUGCAAACGCACCCAAGGUGUGUCCACUACUGACCUCGUUGGCCGCAUGCUGCUCAUGACUAAGGCUCACCACAGCAACAUAGAUGAGGACCUAGACUAUCGGAAGCACACUGACAACUUUGGGAAGGGGCCAAAAGGUCACAGUCCCUGGACUGGUGUCUCGCAGUUCCUACAGACAUCUCAGAAGAUCAUCCAGUUUGCAUCAGGGAAGGAACCACAGCCAGGAGACACUAUCAUCUAUGUGGCUGGAGCCUUCGACCUCUUCCAUAUUGGGCAUGUGGAUUUCCUGGAGAAGGUUCACCAGCUGGCAGAGAAACCCUACAUCAUUGCUGGGCUGCACUUUGAUCAGGAAGUAAAUCGCUACAAAGGGAAGAACUAUCCCAUCAUGAACAUCCAUGAGAGAACACUCAGUGUCUUGGCCUGCAGGUAUGUGUCAGAAGUGGUGAUUGGAGCCCCCUAUGCUGUCACUGCUGAUCUACUGGAUCACUUCAGGGUAACACUUGUGUGUCAUGGGAUGACUGAGGUGGUGCCAGACAAGGACGGUUCUGAUCCAUACGAGGAACCAAAGAGACGUGGCAUUUUCCAGCUGGUGGACAGUGGCAGCAACCUCACCACGGAUUUAAUUGUGCAGCGAAUCAUCAAAAACAGGCUGGAGUUUGAAGCUAGGAACCAGAAGAAGGAAGCAAAAGAGCUGGCAGUGUUGGAAGCCAUGAAGAGACUGGAGGAGGAGAAGCACUAGGCCAGCAGGGAGGCAAUGUGUGGGUCGCAGAGCACCGCAGCCUCACCCUCUUGGGGAGCAGGAGAGCUCUUUGAGAGGGGACCCCUGACCAGGGGCAUUGCUGCUGGCAUGCAGGAUGUGCUGUCCUAUCCUCUUCUGUCCUAGCUCCUCCUGCACUAAUUAUGCAGACAUAACGAGUCAGGAUCCUGCUGCCUAGUUUAUCCUCCAUUAAUCAGUCCCCAUCCCCUUUCCCAGGAGGAGAUUUUAUGGAAAAAAAAAAAAAGCGGUUUUAAUUAUAACUAAUAUUUUAACACGUUGAUGUGCUUUUACCUUCUGCCAUUUCUGGCUUUUAGUAGGAGGGAAAUGGAGCAGCCACUCAGGCCCCCUGUACCCCUCCAGAUGUGGCUGUCCUGAGCGUUUCAGGCAGCCCUUUGGGCAGUGGUGGGGGUGGCUGGACAGACUGGUGAGAGAGGCUUCCCUGGGGGAAGGACACAGCACCCACAGUUCCUCCUGUGAGCUUUUGGCUGGGGAUGCUGAGCCAUUGGUGUGCAGCUGCCGGAGAUGCUGACAGGCCCUGAGGUUUGCUCUGCUAUGACUUUCAGCUGCUGCCUCUCCACAAACACCCAAAGCUACCCUGGAUGUAGCUGGAUAAAGGCUCUCUGCUGUGUCUGGGGCAGAGAAUCAUUUGCUGCCCAAGUGGCAGGCAGCAGUGUGGCAGCUGCUGAGGGGGCGUGGGGCUGGUGGCACAGGGAUCCUCACUUCUGUGGUGUCCCUGAAGGGUUGAGAGGCAUUUCCUCAUGUGAGGUGGGGGAACCCUGAGGGCUUCUGCUGAAGGGUUGCCCUGUUGUGAGGUAGCAGAAGCCAGUGCUGCAUGUGGAGCGUGCUCAGAGCCCUCCUUGCUGCUGCUGCUGGAGUUCACCUUGUGCCUGGCAGGUUCCCUGAGGGAGGGACCUUUCAGCUGACAUUUCCUGGCUGGUUUUGAGGGCUGGCAUGCAGCACACAUGCCCCUGCAGGGAGGUGCAUGGCCUGAGGAGAAUGGGUGCUGGGCUGAGCCCCCCCUUUCUGCCUCUUACAUUCCAGGGAGCUGUGGUGGGUGUCCUGGGCUGCUCCCUGCACUGUGCUGGAUGUCUUUCCACACCAGUUCUGUUGUUCUCUGUUGUAAACUUUUGUUG